UCUCAUUUAACACGUUAACUUAAAUCUAUUUCGGCGAGACAGCGUACAAAGGGUCAGCCUCCAUAGACUCAUAGAUUUCUUCCUUCUCGCUCCCCAGCUUCCCACCUCCCACACCCUGCGUUCCAAUAAUGGAGGCGAUUGGUUCGAAGGAUCAAGCUUUACAUAGGGUCCUAGCAGGUGAAAUGCAAAACGGACGAGGAAAGCUCGUUGGAAUUUCAAAUGGAUCUGUCCAAGCAGUUGAACAGAGGCCUAGUUUAAAGGAGGAGAUUGAAGCAAAUGAAAGAAAGGCUCGGGUUGAUGCUACUUGGGAACGGAUGAAUAGGAGCCUACCUGUUAAAAUGCCAAAACCUUCAAUGAGUAGGUCAACUCCAGAAAGGAAAGCAAAAACUCAAAAAACUCCUGACUGGAUGGUGGCUCUGGGCCUUGCACCUAAGAAGACUUCAGCCAUCCAGGAGACUAUGGGGAAAAGACCAGCAACUGUUCAUAAUUGCACAGGUGAGGAAGCUAGAAAAGCUGCUGCAGCAGCUCUUUCGGCUGUUAGGGAAGUUACAUCUGCCUCUGCUUCCACUGGAAAAGUUGAGAUCAAAGAAGUCCGGGAUUUUGCAGGCGAGGAGAUGGAAGUAAAGAAACUCGUUGAUGCCAACUCAAGAGAGGCAGUUGAAAAGGCCAAGACUGCCGGUGCCCAGCCUUCAGCGCUCGACAGCAUUCUUGAUCAGAUAAAGAAGAAACAGAAGCUUAGUGUCCUCGACAAAACCAGGAAAGACUGGGGUGAGUUCAAGGAAGAGAACAAGGGGCUUGAAGAUGAGCUCGAUGCCUACAAGAAGAGCUCGAAUCAGUAUCUCGACAGGGUCUCCUUUCUACAGAGGACUGAUAUCCGAGAAUUUGAGCGAGAGAGAGAUACAAGGCUGGCUAUGCAAGCAAAGAGAAAGCCAGCAGAUAUGAGAGAGGAUAACUUCUAGCCUGGUCAGAACCGUUUCAGAAUUAUCCGGAUUUCUCUCUGUCUACAGUAAAAGUGCAGUCAAAGCGUAGCUGCUACAGUAGCUGCGCUUUGACUAUGCUAUUCCUGUAAAUAGAGAGAAAUCCAUAUGAUUCUCUCUUCCGGUGUCUGCACCUAAUAAGUUGCCCUUCCUCAAUGACUAGAUCUCUCCAUUGUCUGAGUUCUUGGUGAUCUAGCCCAGUUUUUAGAUUUUGUGUUGGAAGAAUUGUUGAUAUUUAUUGUACAUGCGUUACUACUUUUGGUCUUAAUUGAAUCUCUAAGCCAUUCCAUAUCUUUUAUGUUCUCUUACAUGUGAAUUAUCAUCCCCUGUAGCUGUAAUGGGUAGAGGAAUAUCCACUUCUCACUAAUGAAAGGUUUAGUCAGAUUUAUUACAA